AUGUCACGUUCUAAGCAUUGCCAAUUUUGGUACUACGACGACAUUACCAAAUGUGCAAGACUAGAACUAGAUUAUUACCCACCGCUUAUACUUACUACCAUUUCGCUCCUUGUAUUAUUAACACAGUCGCUUAUCUCUAGAAGACGAAUAAAAUUGCAAGAUGAGCGUCCUCUUUUGGCCACCACCACCACAACCACCACAACCACAACGACCAAGGAAGAUCUAAAGGCUUUGCAUUUUGACCUUGCUAAAUUGCCAGACACCAACAUUGAUGGGACUCCUCAUGGCUACGUAAAGGAGGUUUUCAAAAACACUACUGAGAGUUUGAGAGUUUCCUUGGAAUAUGUGUUUGUCAUACUAUCCUUGGGGUUGCACGUGUCAGCAUUGUUCAAGAGAGAGCUCUAUGCUAUCCCCCAAGUUAUAUUCUGGUUCUACUUGUUCACGAUUGUAACAAUUAGAGUCAUUAACAUGAAACGCGUCACUAUUAAAUUACCAAAUUUGUGGAUACACACUACAGCACUCUACUUUUUCAACAUAUUUCCAACAUUGUUGACAUUUAGAUCGGCUUUGAUAAACAAAACUGGACAGUAUUACAUUUUCCAGUUUGUUUUCUCAGCAUUGUUGUUGACUUUAAAUUUGACUGCCACUGUGGGUGACAAACCAUCUCAGUUGUACAUCACUCCUGGAGUUGAGCCAAAUCCUGAAACUGUUUCAAGUAUUGCGUCAUUUAUAUCUUAUAGUUGGUUGGAUAAAAUGGUGUGGAAAGCGCACAAACAGCCAUUGAAGCUUGGCGAUAUUUGGGGAUUGAGACAAGAUGACUACGCAUUGUACGUGUUGAAAGGUUUUGAAGCAUCUAAAAGUACAUUGAGAUUCACUUACAAGAUUUUUUUCCAUUUCAAGUACUUGUUUGCAAUCCAAGCAUUUUGGGCUAUUAUUGAAUCCAUGCUUGUGUUUGGCCCGUCGGUGUUGUUGAAGCAAGUUUUGGAAUAUGUGGCCGAUCCAGACUCAAUUUCGGCAAAUUUGGCUUGGACGUUUGUAUUUAUGAUGCCAAUUGUCAAAGUAUUGGACUCAAUUUGUUCUGGGUGUUCAUUAUUCUUGGGCAGAAGAGUUUGUGUUCGGAUGAAGGCGGUUAUAAUUGGCCAAGUUUACGCUAAAGCCUUGAGAAGAAGAAUCACAGUUACUGAAACAGACUCUACAGAUUCAACAGAGAAGGAAUCUACUGCCGAAUUGGGUGCUAUUAUCAACCUUAUGGCCAUUGACGCGUUUAAAGUGUCUGAGAUUUGCGGGUACUUGCACUAUUUUGUUGGAGCCAUUUUGAUGAUCAUUUUUUGUACAGUUUUGUUGUACAACUUGUUAGGUUGGAGUGCUCUUGUUGGAUCCUUGGCAAUUGUGGUGUUAUUACCUGUAAACUACCAAUUUGCUCAAUGGUUGGGAAGAUUGCAAAAACAAAUGUUGGGAGUUACUGACAAGAGAAUCCAAAAAUUGAAUGAAACUUUUCAAAGUAUCAGAAUUAUCAAAUUCUUUGCAUGGGAAGAUAAGUUUUUCCAAAGCGCAAUGGAUAUAAGGAAUGAAGAGUUGAGGUAUUUGAAAUACAGAUCUGCUGUUUGGUGUGCGGCAUCUUUUGUGUGGUUUAUCACUCCAACAUUGAUUACAUUACUCUCAUUCUAUUGUUAUACAAUGAUUGAGGGACGUACCUUGACUGCACCGGUUGCGUUUACCGCCUUGUCGUUGUUUACGUUGUUGAGAUCUCCCUUGGAUCAAUUGGCUGAUAUGACAUCUUUUGUAAUCCAAUCAAAAGUGUCUUUGGACAGAGUUGCAGACUUUUUGAAUGAGGCAGAAACUUCUAAAUACGACCAAUUGGCCAAUGAAAAGACACCAAACUCCCCCGAUAUUGGAUUUGAAAAAGCUACGUUAUCAUGGAAUGCUCUGUCAAAGUCUGACUUCAAACUAAGAGACUUGAACAUUACAUUUAAACAAGGAAAGUUAAAUGUCAUUAUUGGACCCACUGGUGCUGGUAAAACAUCCUUACUUUUGGGUCUUCUUGGUGAAAUGGAUCUACUUGGAGGUAAAGUGUUUUUGCCUGGUAUUUUACCCCGUGACGAAUUGACCCCUGAUGAAAAUGGAUUGACAGAGUCUGUAGCGUAUUGCUCCCAGUCAGCUUGGUUAUUAAACGAUACAAUCAGAGGAAACAUCACUUUUGGAGCUCCAUUUAAUCAAAAACGUUAUGACGAUGUUGUUGAAGCUUGUGGAUUGAGUCGUGACUUGCAAAUUUUGAGUGCUGGUGAUCAAACCGAAGUUGGUGAAAAGGGUAUCACUUUAUCGGGUGGACAAAAGCAGAGGGUAUCUCUUGCUAGGGCAUUGUACUCCAACUCAAAGCAUUUGCUUCUUGACGAUUGUUUGUCAGCUGUUGAUUCCCAUACCGCCUUGUGGAUCUACGAAAACUGUAUCACUGGACCUUUGAUGCAAGGAAGAACGUGUAUAUUGGUUUCUCAUAAUGUCGCGUUGACUGCUCAACAUGCUGAAUGGAUUGUUGUCAUGGAGAAUGGAAGAGUCAAGAACCAAGGUACAACUGAAGCAUUAUUAGAAUCAGGCGAUUUAGGCGAUGACGAAUUGGUUAAAUCAUCAGUCUUGAAUUCAAGAACUCAAUCAUCACAAAACUUGCAAUCGCUUGAUGACAAGAAUGCAGACAUGAAGGCCAAAGCUGCUACGAUUGAGCAGAAAUUGAACAAGUUGAAGAAUGACGAGGAAGACGAGCCGCUUGUAAAAUCCAACGGUAAGUUGGUCGAAGAAGAGAAUAAAGCAGAAGGUGUCGUUGGUUCAAAAGUAUAUCUCGAUUAUGCCAAAGUGUUGGGUGGCUGGAAAGUAUGGACUGUAAUUCUUGUUGCAUUCGUAGCGUCACAGCUUGUUUACAUGUACCAAUCAUGGUGGUUGAGAACAUGGUCCAUCCACAGUGAAAAUGACAAUUCUGCCACCACCAUGGGAGUUGAAAGUUCCAAUGUGUUUUUACCUGGUGUCCGCAAUCUUCUCACUAUCAGAUUUGUCAAUCUUUCCGUGGAACAUUCCACAUUGUACUACAUCACAAUUUACGGUAUAAUUGGAUUUGCGUACGGAAUCACAGCAUGUAUUAGGAUUUUGGUUACAUUUUUCGCCGGUAUUCGUGCAUCGAAUCGUAUAUUCAAAAGAGUAUUAAUCACGAUCCUUCGUGCGAAAUUGAGAUUUUUUGACAAGACGCCAUUGGGUCGGAUUAUGAAUAGGUUUUCCAAGGAUAUUGAGUCAGUGGAUCAAGAGGUGACUCCAUUUGCUGAAGGUGUGUUUAUUUGUGUUGUUCAAUGUGUUUCCAUCUUGAUUUUGAUUACAAUCAUCACUCCCGGGUUCCUCAUUUUUGCAUUUGUUAUUGCGUUGUUGUACUACUUGGUGGGAUAUUUCUACUUGACUUUAUCAAGAGAGUUGAAGAGAUUUGAAUCGAUUACAAAAUCGCCGAUUCAUCAACAUUUUUCUGAGUCAUUGACUGGUGUUGCCACAAUCAGAGCUUAUGGAGUCGAGUCUAGAUUCAUGAAGCAAAAUUUGCAAGCAAUUGACAACAACAAUAGACCAUUUUUUUACUUGUGGGUUGCGAAUAGAUGGCUUUCAUUUAGAAUUGAUGUUGUUGGGUCAUUGGUUAUGUUUUUCGCAGGUAUAUUUGUCUUGUUGUCCAUUGGCAAGAUCGAUGCUGGAUUGGCAGGAUUAUCAUUGUCGUAUGCGAUUGCUUUCAGCGAGAGUGCACUUUGGGUGGUUCGUCUUUAUGCCAAUGUCGAAAUGAAUAUGAAUUCAGUAGAGAGAUUGCAGGAGUACCUUGAAGUUGAACAAGAACCAGCUUAUGAAAUCAAAGAAACUGAGCCUCCGGCAAGCUGGCCAGACAAGGGACAAAUUUCAGUCAAAGAUGUGUCAUUGAGAUAUUCUCCGGAGUUGCCUCGUGUGAUCAAAAAUGUAACAUUUGACAUUGAGCCUUGUCACAAGGUGGGAAUUGUUGGAAGAACCGGUGCAGGUAAGUCUACCAUAAUCACUGCCUUUUUCCGAUUUUUGGAUCCUGAAAGUGGAUUGAUCAAGAUUGAUGGCGUUGAUAUCACCAGUAUCGGAUUGAGAAGGUUACGCCAAGCCAUCACCAUCAUUCCACAAGAUCCAACGUUGUUUGCUGGAACAAUUAGAUCCAACUUGGAUCCAUUUGAACAGUACACCGAUGCUGAAAUCUAUGCUGCUUUGAAGAGAGUUAAUUUGAUUGAUGAAUCAACACCCACAUCUACCAUUAGUGAAGAGAAUCAAAACAAAUUUCACGAUUUGGAGAAUACAAUUACUGAAGGUGGUGGUAAUUUGUCUCAAGGAGAACGUCAGUUGGUUUGUUUAGCUCGUUCAUUGUUGAAGAAUCCAAAGAUUAUAUUGUUGGACGAAGCUACAAGUUCAAUUGACUACAAGUCAGAUUCAUUGAUUCAAAAGACAAUUCGUGAUGAGUUUGGGUCCAGUACCAUUUUGACCAUUGCACAUAGAUUGAGAACCAUUAUUGAUUACGAUAAGAUCUUGGUUAUGGAUGCUGGUCAAGUGGUGGAGUAUGAUAAUCCGUAUGUGUUGAUUUCAAACCCAGAGUCAUUAUUUCACUCAAUGUGUGAGAAUAGCGGUGAACUUAAUAGUUUGAUCUCGUUGGCAAAGGAGUCCUUUGUGGCAAAGAAGAAUAGACAAGCUAAAUAG